AUGGCUGUACGAGCACAGUUCGAAAACUCCAACGAAGUCGGCGUUUUCGCCAACCUCACCAACAGUUACUGCCUCGUCGCAGUCGGCGCCUCCGAGAAUUUCUACUCCAUCUUCGAGUCCGAACUGGCUGAUCUCAUUCCCAUCGCUCACUGCACCAUCGCCGGCACUCGCAUCGUGGGCCGCUUGACCUCGGGAAACCGACAUGGCCUGUUGGUCCCCACCUCCACCACAGACCAGGAACUACAACACCUGCGGAACACUCUCCCAGAUACAGUCAAGGUAGAAAGAAUAGAGGAGAGGUUAUCAGCGCUUGGAAAUGUCGUGUGUUGCAAUGACAAAGUCGCCCUCGUCCAUCCGGACCUCGAACGAGAAACCGAAGAAAUCAUCGCAGAUACCCUCAAGGUCGAAGUCUUUCGGCAAACAAUCGCCGGCAACGUGCUGACCGGCUCCUACAUGUCCCUCUCAAACCAGGGCGGCAUCGUCCACCCGAAAACGAGCAUUCAAGACCAAGACGAAUUGAGCUCUUUAUUACAAGUGCCCCUCGUGGCAGGCAGUGUCAACAGAGGAAGUCCCGUUGUCGGUGCUGGCAUGGUCGUCAACGACUGGCUGGCAGUGACCGGGAUGGAUACCACAGCCACAGAGUUGAGCGUCAUAGAAAGUGUCUUCAGACUCGGCGAGGGGGCUCCGGGUGGUCCAGGUGGGCUGGAUGCCAGGAUGAAGGCCAACAAGGAGAGCAUUGUCGAGAGCUUCUACUGA